AUGGGUGUCCCAGCCAUGUUCCGCUGGCUCAGCCAGAAAUACCCCAAGAUCGUCUCAACUGUGCAGGAGGAGUUGCCCAAGAAGGUCGGCGACAAUGUCAUUCCCGUAGACCGCACCGGCCCCAACCCCAACGGCGAAGAGUUCGACAACCUCUACCUCGACAUGAACGGCAUUGUGCAUCCUUGCUCGCAUCCCGAAGAUAAGCCCGCGCCCAAGACCGAGGCCGACAUGAUGAUGGCCAUCUUUGAAUACACUGAUCGCUGUGUCGGCAUGGUCCGUCCUCGUAAGCUUCUCUACAUGGCAGUCGAUGGUGUUGCGCCUCGUGCCAAGAUGAACCAGCAGCGUUCGCGUCGUUUCCGCGCCGCCAAAGAGGCAAAGGAAAAGGACGACGAGCGCGCUGAGUUCCAGAAAAUGCUCAACUCGCAAAAAGCUAGUCGUGGCGAGGACAUCUCCAGUCUCGAAGAGGUCAUCGAAAAGACCUGGGACUCCAAUGCAAUCACCCCCGGUACACCCUUCAUGCAUCUCCUUGCCGAGAGUCUUCAAUACUGGUGUGCCUACAAGUUCACAACCGACCCCUCGUGGAAGGACAUGAAAGUCAUCAUCUCCGAUGCGUCUGUGCCUGGUGAGGGUGAACACAAGAUCAUGAACUUUAUCCGCUCGCAGCGUUCUAUGCCUACUCAUGACCCCAACACCUCGCACGUUAUCUACGGCUUGGACGCCGAUUUGAUCAUGUUGAGUCUUGCUACCCAUGAGCCUUAUUUCCGUGUUCUCAGAGAAGAUGUCUUCUACGACUCGGGUAAGGACAAGGUCUGCACGCGCUGUGGCCGCAAAGGACAUAUCCGCAACAACUGUGAAUUCCCCGACGACGGCAAGAAGCUUACCGAAGAAGAAGCUGCCGAAGAGUGGGCCACCUCCGAGCACCAACUCAAGCCCUUCAUCUGGCUGCAUACCAACAUUCUGCGCGAAUACCUGGCAGUCGAAAUGGAGACGCCAAAGCGCAAGUUCAAGUACGAUCUAGAACGCUCUCUCGAUGACUGGGUCUUUAUGUGUUUCUUUGUCGGUAACGAUUUCUUGCCACAUUUGCCUAGUCUUGAGAUCCGAGAUCAGGGUAUCGACUUGCUCAUCAGCAUUUGGCGAGAUCUCGCUGCUGAAAUGGAUGACUACGUGACCAAAGAUGGUUUCCCAGACAUGCGUCGUGUGCAGCAGAUUCUCUCCGCCCUAGCGACUCGAGAGGCUGGCAUCUUCAAGAAGCGAAAGGAAGUCUCUGAUCGCCAGGCAGCAAACAGGGCUAGGCGCGAGGCACAGCAAAACGGCAACAAGCGCCAACGGACUGAAGCAAGUGGUCCACCUGGUUUCAAGCGUGCCAAAGAGAGCACCGACACGUAUACCAGCGCAGGUAUUGUAUUCUUCGAUCCCAAGGAUGCACAGUCCAAGGAAGUGCGCGAUGUGCACAAGGACAUUAUGCACACCCGUGACGCCCAAUCCAACAAGAGCGCUGCUGCUCGACUCAAGGAGCUCAUGAAGGCCAAGGCCGAUGGCACCGCUGCGCCUGAGCCAGAACCGACCCCAGCUUCUGAGCCCGCCUCGGAAACUGCUUCUGGAACCGAGACUCCUGUUCACCUUGGCAAGCGCAAGGCAGAUGAGGUCGAAGACGCCGACAAUGGCACGCCUGGUCGCACUACGCCCGUCAUUCCAGACACACCCGUCCAAGCUACCGAGCCAAAGAAGAACGAUGACGGCACUGUAGAAGACACCAUCAUGCUUUGGGAGGAAGGCUACGAGGAGCGUUACUACGAGCAGAAGUUUGGUGUUGACCCCAACGACAUCGCCUUCCGUAACAAGGUUGCGCGUCAGUACGCCGAGGGUCUCUGCUGGGUGUUGGCCUACUAUAUGCAAGGUUGCCCAUCGUGGACAUGGUAUUUCCCUCACCACUACGCUCCCUUUGCUGCAGACUUUGUCGGUCUCGAAGACAUGGAUCCCCGCAAGCUCUUCGAGAAGGGCACACCGUUCCACCCCUACGAGCAACUCAUGGGUGUCUUGCCCGCCGCAUCGAACCACGCCAUCCCCGAACCCUUUCGUGUGCUUAUGGAAGAUCCUCAGAGUUCAAUUGUCGACUUCUACCCUCCAGACUUCCCUAUCGACCUGAACGGAAAGAAGUUCGCCUGGCAGGGUGUUGCCAUCUUGCCCUUCAUCGACUCGAAGCGACUACUUGAUGCCAUGGCAACCAAGUACCCUGAGCUCUCUGAUGACGAGAGGAAGCGCAACGAGUUCGGAAAAGAGACACUCAUGUUUUCCCAAGAGAGCGGUCUAUUCGACGAUGUUGAGAAGGCUCUGUACCGCAAGGGAGAGCAGAAGUACAAGAUUGAUCCCGCCAAGAGCCGCGCUCUCCAUGGAGAGAUUGAGCCGCACGAUCUUUUCGUCAUGGACAGUCAGCUCGUGCCGCCUUUCGAUGCAGAUGGUAUCACGGAAUUUGAGAUUACCCAAGAUCGGUCAAUGAGAGUAUACUACGAAAUGCCCAGCGUGAGCAACACCCGAGCCCACAAGUCCGCCCUCCUCGAAGGCGUCAUCAUGCCCAAGCCAGCCCUCAGCCCCGGUGAAGCAGAAUCAGUCCGUCGCUCCAACGAACGCGGUGGCUUCCGCGGCGGCCGUGGCCGAGGAGGUGGAGGAUACCGUGGAAACUACAACAACGACCGAGGCGGCGGCUACAACAACGAUCGUCGCGGUAACGAUAACUACAACGGCGGUGGACGAGGCGGCUACCAAAACGGUCGUGGAGGUGGUGGUGGCUGGGACAACAACCGCGGCGGAUACGGAGGCAACCAAGGUGGCUACGGCGGUCCUCCACCUCCACAGAACUUUGCUCCUCCCUUCCCCGGCGGUAAUUUCGCGCCUCCUUUCCCAGGCAACUUCCCUCCCCCACCACCUGGAUGGGUGCCUCCCCCCGGUGUAGGAGGCUGGCAAGGCGGUGCGCCCCCGUACGGCGCUCCUCCCAUUCCACCACCAGUCACACAGCGUCCAGCUUGGAUGAACGGCGGAGUUCAGCAACAUGGCGCUCCGCCGCCACACCACGCACCCAACAACAGCUCGUUGAGGGAUGAGCGGUUCUACCGCCCCGCAGAAGAGAUUCUGGGUCGCAGUGGAGGUGGAGGCGGUGGCGGCGGUGGUGGUGGAUACCAAGGAAACAACCCUUAUAACGAUCGCCCGCCGAGGGAUGAUAGGGGUGGCCGUGGAGGAAGAGGUGGACGUGGUGGACAUCGUGGUGGUGGUGGUGGAUACCAGGGUAAUAGGCAGAGCUAUAACUCUAACGACUACCGCUAG